ACUUGCUUAUCUAUAGACUAACACAACUGUUUUAUCAUUUUACAUCAAGAUUUUCCGAACUGCUUUCAUUCGCUUACGCAACAUCCUACCUUUUUCUGUUAGGAAAUGUGGUCAUAUGCUUGAGUUUCAGCGCGGCUGAAGUAAGUAUUCAAUAAUUUUGGGUGCUGUAUAUAUUCAUUUGAUAUGUUUGAUCAUGUUGUGUACUGUGUUCAAGUUGAUAAUAGUGGACGUUCAAUUUGAUGAAAUUAUCAGAAUUAUUGCCGCUAGCACGGCUCAAUUGUUACACAUUUAUUAUCUAAGUUGGACGUGUCAACGAUUGCUCGACCAAAGUGACAGACUUCACGGAGCAAUUUACAAUUGCGACUGGUACAGGAUCUCAAUGAGAUCUAAGCGACUGUUAAAAUUCAUGUUAAUGCGUACUAGCAGGCCGUGUCAAAUAAAAGCUGGGAAAAUGUACGUGAUGUCGAUGGAGAAUUUCAGCUCGAUCCUACAAGUAUCUGUAUCUUAUUUCACUAUGCUCACAUCACUACAAUAACUUUGUAUACGAUUUGUCAUAAAAUCAUACAAUAUUUAAGGAGAAAAGAGGUUAACGCGGUUUACCUAUCAUUUCCAAUUUCGCCUAUGCGGUUUUUGGAUAACAACAUGUGCAAUUUAUUCAGAAUAAUUUUACCUUGUUAAUGAAUAAAUUCGUCUUAAAUUUAAA